AUGGGAGUAGUAGGUGGUUCGAGUUUUUCUAGGUUAGCCACGAUUUCCAGAUCUUUCGUAUUGAACAAAAUGUCGCAACAACUAAAUCAAAGAAUUGAUGGGCCUGCCUUCACUGCCGUCAAAAACAAGCUGGUUUCUAACUUAAUUGGCUUGCAAAGUUUGGAAAUAUAUAACGAUUCAUAUAAGCAUGUGGGUCAUAGUGGUGUUGCUGCUUCUCCAAACAAGAACGAGUCGCAUUUAAGGCUCGAGAUAGUCAGUGAUAGUUUUGAAGGUCUUACUCUACCCAGUAGACACCGUAUGAUUUACAAACUAAUUAAUGAUGAAAUUACAAAGUACGGUAUUCAUUCGAUUCAAUUAAAGACUAAGACUGCAUCAGAGCAGUCCAGAUAG